CCGACAUCAACCCAUCUACAUCUUUGUCUGUAGUUAGUUGUAGUAGAAAAAACAAAUCUUCACAUUUCGGGUUGAACAAAGAUGGAAGCUUGUUUGCGAUGUUCACGAGGAACCAAACUAAUUGAAGCGUUGAGACCAAUCGGCAUAUUCUCCGGUUCUCUCCGCUCUUCUUCUGUCUCUUUCAGCACCGGCAAGCCGAUUAAGAGAGCUUAUGAUGGUUUGUUGCUUGACGCUGGAGGAACUCUUUUGCAAUUGUCGAAACCUGUCCAUGAAACUUACGCUUCCUUGGGCCAAAAAUACGGUCUCAGGACAACUCCAGCUGAAAUCAAGCAAGGUUUCAAGAGAGCUUUUUCUGCUCCUUGGCCUGAGAAGUUGCGUUACCAGGGAGAUGGAAGACCGUUUUGGAAGCUCGUUGUUUCCGAGGCUACUGGUUGUUCUGAUAAUGACUACUUUGAAGAAGUUUACCAAUAUUACGCGAAUGGUGAGGCGUGGCAUCUCCCGGAAGGAGCUUAUGAGACAAUGUCACUACUUAAAGAUUCUGGAGUUAAGAUGGCUGUUGUCUCCAAUUUCGAUACCCGGCUUAGAAAGCUAUUGAAGGAUCUUAACGUCAUAGAUAUGUUCGACGCUGUGAUUGUAUCCUCAGAAGUCGGAUACGAGAAACCUGAUGAUCGAAUCUUCAAAUCCGCUUUAGAGCAAAUCAGCGUAGAAGCAAACAGAGCAGUGCAUGUCGGAGAUGAUGAAGGAGCAGAUAAAGGCGGAGCAAACGCCAUCGGUAUUGCUUGUUGGUUAUGGGGAAAAGAUGUUCAGGCCUUUUCAGAGAUACAAGAUCGGAUCUUGGUUUCAACAGUCUAAUUAACAAACAGGAAAUUAGAGAAUUGACUAGCUUUUCUGAAAACUGAAUCGAAAUAUUUGAUUUUGGGAUCAUGUAUGUAUCACCAAUUCACAAGUAUAUACACGAGGCUCGAGCAUGGCAUAACAACCUAUGCUUGUUUAAAUUUACAUAUACAUCCACGCUUGAUGGAGAGCGGAAGUUAUAUGAAAUUCCAAAUAGUAAGCUAUAGAGAUACAGCAUCCUUGUUGAUGUUCAGCUUUUGCUUCAUUUAUGUUUCUUCUAUCAGUU